GCGCGGGGGCGGGGCCUUGGUCGCGGGGGCGCGCGGGGGCGGGGCCACUCGCCGCCCCGCCCCGUGCCCUUCCCGGUGCCCGGAGCGUCUGGCCUGUCCCCCGCCGCGUCCCCGCGCCCCCCGCCCGACUGCGCCCCGCGGGAGCCGAGGGGCACGCGGAGGGGCACGUGCUGCUGCUCGGACCGCGUCCGUGGGUCGCUGGCCGCGGCUUGGGGCCAGCCGCUGUCCCCAUUGGUGGCCGCGCGGGACGGGCCGUCUCCCCGGAGGACUCACUUCGCAGUUUUCGCUCUUCUGCAAGAUUCCACAUCCUCUAGAAGCCAAAAUGGGACCCAGUAAACAGAUUAGAAUCUUACUUCUGAACGAAAUGGAGAGGCUGGAAAGGACUCUCUUCAGACUUGAGCAAGGGUUUGAGCUACAGUUUCGAUUAGGCCCGACUUUACAAGGAAAAUCAGUGACUGUGUAUACAAACUACCCAUUUCCUGGAGAACCAUUUAAUCGAGAAAAAUUCCAUUGCCUGGAAUGGGAAAAUCCAACAGAAAGAGAAGAUGAUUCUGAUAAGUAUUGCAAACUUGAUCUCGAGCAAGCUGGAUCAUUUCAGUAUUACUUCCUUCAAGGAAAUGAAAGAAGUGGUGGAGGCUACAUAGUAGUGGAUCCUGUUCUGCACGUUGGUACUGAUAAUUAUGUGUUGCCCCUGGACUGUGUGACUCUGCAGACGUACCUGGCCAAAUGCCUGGGGCCCUUGGAUGAGUGGGAAAGCAGGCUCAUGGUUGCCAAGGAGUCAGGUUACAACAUGAUUCACUUUACCCCCUUGCAAACUCUCGGCCUGUCUAGGUCAUGCUACUCCCUUGCUAAUCAGUUAGAAUUAAAUCCCGACUUCUCAAGACCUAAUCAAAAGUUUUCCUGGAAUGAUGUUGGACAACUAGUGGAAAAAUUGAAAAAGGAAUGGAAUAUUCUUUGCAUUACCGAUGUCGUAUACAAUCAUACUGCAACCAAUAGUAAAUGGAUCCAAGAACACCCGGAAUGUGCAUACAACCUGGUGAAUUCUCCACACCUAAAACCCGCCUGGGUCCUAGACCGAGCAUUUUGGCAUUUAUCCUGUGAUGUUGCAGAUGGGAAAUACAAAGAGAGAGGAGUCCCUGCCUUGAUUGAGAAUGACCGUCAAAUGAAUUGCAUUCGAACAAUCAUUUGGGAGGACAUUUUUCCAAAGCUUCAACUCUGGGAAUUUUUCCAAGUUGACAUUUCCAAAGCAGUUGAGCAAUUUAGAGGACUUCUUACACAAGGAAAUAGGCCAGUAGCAUCCACGCCUGGUCCAGGGCAACACCUUAAGAUUAUUCAGGAUCCCCAGUACAGACGGCUCGGCUGCACUGUCGAUAUGAACAUUGCACUCGCGACUUUCAUACCACAUGACCGUGGACCAGCUGCCAUUGAAGAAUGCUGUAAUUGGUUCCGUAAGAGAAUUGAGGAGUUAAACUCGGAGAAGUGUCAAGUCAUGAACUACCAUCAGGAACAGGCAGUGAAUUGCCUUUUGGGAAAUGUGUUUUAUGAGCGACUAGCUGGCCAUGGUCCUAAACUCGGGCCUGUCACGAGAAAAGAUCCGUUAGUUACCAGAUAUUUUACUUUCCCGUUUGAAGAGAUGACCCUUUCUGCAGAAGAGUCUUUGAUUCAUAUUCCAGAUAAAGCCUGUUUUCUGAUGGCACACAAUGGGUGGGUAAUGGGAGAUGAUCCUCUUCGAAACUUUGCUGAACCAGGUUCAGAAGUUUAUCUGAGAAGAGAACUUAUUUGCUGGGGAGACAGUGUUAAGUUACGCUACGGGAAUAAACCAGAGGAUUGUCCUUACCUCUGGGAACAUAUGAAAAAAUACACUGAAAUAACUGCGACUUAUUUCCAGGGAGUACGUCUUGAUAACUGCCAUUCAACACCACUUCAUGUAGCCGAGUACAUGUUGGAUGCUGCAAGAAAAUUGCAACCCAAUUUGUAUGUAGUAGCUGAACUAUUCACAGGAAGUGAAGAAUUGGACAACAUCUUUGUCACUAGACUGGGCAUUAGUUCUUUAAUCAGAGAGGCAAUGAGUGCACAUGAUAGUCAUGAGGAGGGCAGGUUGGUUUACCGAUAUGGAGGAGAGCCUGUUGGCUCCUUUGCCCAGCCCUCACUGCGACCAUUAAUGCCAGCUAUUGCGCAUGCCCUGUUUAUGGAUAUCACCCACGACAAUGAGUGUCCUAUUGUGCACCGGUCAGCACAUGAUGCUCUCCCGAGUUCUACGGUCGUCUCCAUGGCCUGCUGUGCCAGUGGGAGCACCAGAGGCUACGAUGAACUUGUGCCUCACCAGAUUUCAGUGGUUUCUGAGGAACGGUUUUACACUAAGUGGAAUCCUGGAGCUUCGCCAUCAACUUCAGGAGAAGUUAAUUUCCAAAGUGGUAUUAUUGCAGCCAGGCGUGCUAUCAACAAACUUCAUCAAGAACUUGGGGCCAAUGGCUUUAUUCAGGUUUUUGUGGAUCAGGUUGAUGAAGACAUAGUAGCAGUAACAAGACAUUCACCUAAUAUCCAUCAGUCUGUUGUGGCUGUGUCUAGAACUGCUUUCAGGAAUCCCAAGACUUCAUUUUACAGCAAGGAAGUUCCUCAAAUGUGCAUCCCCGGCAAAAUUGAAGAAAUAGUUCUUGAAGCUAGAACUGUUGAGAGAAACACAAAACCUUAUAGAAAGGAUGAGAACUCAAUCAAUGGAAUGCCAAAUCUCACAGUAGAAAUUAGAGAACACAUCCAGCUUAAUGAAAGUAAAAUUGUUAAACAAGCUGGGGUUGCCGCAAAAGGACCCAGUGAAUAUAUCCAAGAAAUAGAAUUUGAAAACUUGUCUCCAGGAAGUGUUAUCAUCUUCAGAGUCAGUCUUGAUCCACAUGCACAAGUUGCUGUUGGAAUCCUUCGAAAUCAUCUGACUCAGUUUAGUCCUCAUUUUAAAUCUGGGAGCCUUGCUGUAGAGAACCUCGAUCCUAUAUUAAAAAUUCCAUUUGCUUCUAUUGCCUCUAAGUUAACUUUGGCCGAGGUGAACCAGGUACUGUACCGAUGUGAAUCAGAGGAGCAGGAAGAUGGAGGAGGCUGCUAUAACAUACCCAAUUGGUCAUCACUUAAAUAUGCAGGUCUCCAAGGAUUAAUGUCUGUACUGGCAGACAUAAGACCAAAGAAUGAUUUGGGCCAUCCCUUUUGUGAUAAUUUGAGAUCUGGAGACUGGAUGAUCGACUAUGUCAGUGGCCGACUCCUCACACGACCAGGAGCUAUUGCUGAAGUUGGUAAAUGGUUGCAGGCUAUGUUCUUCUACCUGAAGCAGAUCCCACGUUACCUUAUCCCAUGUUACUUCGAUGCUAUAUUAAUCGGUGCAUACACCACUCUUCUGGAUAUAGCAUGGAAGCAGAUGUCAAGUUUUGUUCAGAACGGUUCUACCUUUGUGAAGCACCUUGCACUGGGCUCUGUCCAGAUGUGCGGGGUGGGAAAGUUCCCCUCGAUGCCACAGCUUUCCCCUUCACUUGUGGACGUCCCGUACAGACUGAAUGAGAUCACAAAAGAGAAGGAGCAGUGUUGUGUGUCUCUAGCAGCAGGCUUACCUCAUUUUUCUUCUGGUCUUUUCCGCUGCUGGGGAAGGGACACUUUUAUUGCACUUAGAGGCAUACUGCUGAUUCCUGGACGCUACUUAGAUGCCAGGAAUAUUAUUUUAGCGUUUGCUGCUACCCUGAGACAUGGUCUCAUUCCCAAUCUCCUGGGUGAAGGAACCUGCGCCAGAUACAAUUGCCGGGACGCCGUGUGGUGGUGGCUGCAGUGUAUUCAGGAUUACUGUCAAAUGGUCCCAAAUGGCCUAGAUAUCCUCCGGUGCCCCGUGUCCAGAAUGUACCCAACAGAUGAUUCUGUUCCUUUGCCUGCUGGCACACUGGAUCAGCCAUUGUUUGAAAUAAUACAGGAAGCUAUGCAGAGACACAUUCAGGGAAUACAGUUUCGAGAAAGGAAUGCUGGUCCCCAGAUCGACCGAAACAUGAAGGAUGAAGGCUUUAAUAUAACUGCAGGCGUUGAUGAAGAAACAGGAUUUGUUUAUGGAGGAAAUGGCUCUAACUGCGGCACAUGGAUGGAUAAGAUGGGAGAAAGUGACAGAGCUAGAAACAGAGGGGUCCCGGCCACACCCAGGGAUGGGUCUGCUGUGGAAAUUGUGGGGCUGUGUAAAUCUGCCGUUCGUUGGUUGCUUGAAUUAUCUCAAAAAAACAUUUUCCCUUAUCGUGAAGUCACUAUAAAAAGACAUGGGAAGACUGUGAGUGUGUCAUAUGAUGAGUGGAACAGGAGAAUACAGAGCAACUUUGAAAAACUAUUUUAUGUGUCAGAAGAUCCCUCGGAUGUCAAUGAGAAGCACCCUCACUUGGUUCACAAACGUGGCAUCUACAAAGACAGUUAUGGAGCCUCCAGCCCCUGGUGUGACUACCAGCUCAGGCCCAAUUUUACUAUAGCAAUGGUUGUUGCUCCUGAGCUCUUCACUCCAGAAAAAGCUUGGAAAGCUUUGGAGAUUGCAGAAAAAAAGUUGCUUGGUCCCCUUGGGAUGAAAACUUUAGAUCCAGAUGAUAUGAUUUACUGUGGAGUUUAUGACAAUGCAUUGGACAAUGACAACUACAAUCUUGCUAAAGGUUUCAAUUAUCACCAAGGACCUGAAUGGCUGUGGCCCAUUGGGUAUUUCCUUCGGGCAAAAUUAUAUUUUUCCAAAAUGAUGGGUCCAGAGAUAAAUGCAAAGACUAUAUUUUUGGUUAAAAAUGUACUUUCCCGACAUUAUAUUCAUCUUGAGAGAUCCCCUUGGAAAGGACUACCAGAAUUGACCAAUGAGAAUGGCCAAUAUUGCCCUUUUAGCUGUGAAACACAAGCCUGGUCAAUUGGUUGUAUUCUUGAAACACUCUAUGACUUAUAGUUGACUCAUACAUAUUUAUGAAGUAUGCAGUCACUUGUAUUAUGGAUGCAAGAUCUUAAAUGCUUUAUAUUCACAGGCCUUAAUCAUUUAAAAACUCUUAUAUAUAUAAAUGCUCAAUUAGACUAUUAUCACAUUGAUUUUUUUUUCUUAGUUUUGUGUGUGUGUGAUGUGCAAGUAUAGCUUUUGAUUUUAAUCAAAAGAAAAAUUAUCAUCAGGUCCGAGCAAUAGUACAGCGGAUAGAGCAUUUGCCUUGCUGAGCUGGGUUCAAUCCCGGCAUCCCCUAUGGUUCCCCGAGUACCGCCAGGAGUAAUUCUUGAGUGCAGAGCCAAAAGUAACCUCUGAGUAUCACUGGGUGUUAUCCAAAAGGGAGAGAGAGAGAGAGAGAGAGAGAGAGAGAGAGAGAGAGAGAGAGAGAGAGAGAGAAGAAAAAUUAUCAUUGAGUGGGAUGUUUUUCUUUUGAAUUCAAGAAGUAUUCUUUAAGUGCCUAGAAAUAGAGAUUGAAAUCCAGAGUUUGCAAAGAAAAUUCAUAGAAUCUUUUGCUUGCACAUAAUUGAAAAUUAAAUCUGAAUAGGUAAUAAAAGAAAUUUUAAAAGAUCUUUAAACCAUGAUAUACAUUUUCAUUUAUAGUAUAUACCUGGUUGACUGUGGUUAAUGUUCUCCCUUUUUACUCUGCUAUUCCUAACAUCUUCCGUACUGCAUUCAAUAAUUAAGAACUGAGUCAUGGAAGUGCCUACCUUUAAUAUAUGUUCAUAAGUGCAGCUCAGACAUUCAGAAUGUGCUUUUAUCUUUUUUACUGCUAUAAUAAUGACAAUAUUGUGAGUGCCAGUAUUAUAUUUAACAAAAUUCACUGUGCUAAUGAUACAUCGUGAGACUUGUUACUGUUUUUGGCAUAUCGAAUAUGCCAUGAGGAGCUUGCCAGGCUCUGCCGUACGGGCGAGGUACUCUUGGUAGCUUGCUGGGCUCUCCGAGAGGGACAGAGGAAUCGAACCCAGGUCGACUGCGUGCAAGGCAAACACCCUACCCAAUGUGCUAUCGCUCCAGCCCAACAAAGUCUUACGAUGGAAACAUUACUGGUGCCCGCUCAAACAAAUCAUGAACAACGGGAUAACAGUGACAGUGAUACAUAGAAUAUAUGAGGGAUAAACAAAGCAUUAGGAAUUUCUUCUUAAAAACAGUUUUAUAAACUUAAUCUUCAAUUCCAGUGUUUUUUCCAGUUACAGCUUCCUAUGAUAUAGUUUACAUUUUUGUGAAGCAAAUUGUUGAGCAUAUUUCUGAGAAUCUCAAAGAAUAAAUUUUUGUUUUCCAAAAUUUGACUAUUUUUAGUUUGUGUGUAAGGUUCAUCAUAAAUACUUGUUUUCUGUUAAUAAAAAUUGUAUUGACACAUUUACCUUUGAAGAAAAUCUUAAUAUAACAAAUGUAUAAACAUGAAUUUUGUAGUUAUCCUGAAUUUGGAAAAAUUAUUUGUAAAGACUUUCAGGUUAUUUUAAGAUAUUUUAAGGCUGAACAAGUCAAAAAAGGGAUUUUUAAUAUUUAUAUAAGUUGAUAUUUUUUAGUUAAACUCAUUUUCUAGAUGGAACUCCUUUUUACUGUUAUGUCUCAUGAAAACACUUAGAUUGUUAUAUACUUAGUUCAAAGAAUAUGGUUGCAAAGACCCUUUUAUUUAAUUAAAUAUUUAAUAUUCAGUGGUGUACUUAAAGUUAAAAGUGAUGUUACAACACUUUUCUCAAUUAAAGGUCACAUACCAAACAAUCUUUAACUAUGCUUACAAAAUAAGAAUAAAAAAGUUAGACAAAUGAACUAAACUCUGGAUAGCAAAAAUAUGUAAAUGCUUCAGGUGUCAUAUACUGUGCCCGAAGUUCAUACAAUUUGCCAGAGGAUUGCCUACAAACUCUCUGACACUGCUUCUGAAAUUGUUUUAGACAAAUUAAAACUUGUCUGUUUUGGGGCCGGAGCGAUAGCACAGCGGGUAGGGCGUUUGCCUUGCACUCGGCCAACCUGGGUUCGAUCCCCGGCAUCCCAUAUGGUCCCCUAAGCACCACCAGGAGUAAUUCCUGAGUGCAAAGCCAGGAGUAACCCCUGAGCAUCGCUGGGUGUGACCCAAAAAGCAAAAAAAAAAAAAAAAAAAAAAAAACUUGUCUGUUUUUCCAACCCAAACAGGCUUUAUUGCACAAAGUUAAGGGCAGUUUUGAUACUAAUCUGUAAACAUACUGGUUUCCAAGUUUUCCUUCCUCACUACUCAGUGUAUAUCCUCUUAAAAGAAUGUCCUUCCUUCCUUGCUUGGGAGAACCAUGAGUCAUCAGAGGUUUGUUGUAGUUGUUUCUCUAUUUUAACAUCUGUAUUUAAGGUGGUUAAAAAAAAAGCACGGAAAACCAGCAUAUUUAGCAAAAGAAGUGACUGAACGUUAGAUAUGAUAGAUAUAGAUAGAUAAUGAAUUGUUACAAAACAGCCAUAUUAGAUUAUCUAUAGGACAAUAAAAUUCCUAAUAAGGAUUAGCAAUGAAAGAACAUUGCUAUAAUCUGCAUGGUUGUUUUAAAGUUUAAGAAGGUAUGCUAGGAGCUGGAGCAAUAGCACAGCGGGUAGGGCAUUUGCCUUGCACGCGGCCGACCCGGGUUCGAUUCCCAGCAUCCCAUAUGGUCCCGUGAGCACUGCCAGGGGUAAUUCCUGAGUGCAGAGCCAGGAGUAACCCCUGUGCACCACUGGGUGUGACCCAAAAAGCAAAAAUAAAUAAAUUAAUUGAUUUGAUUUAAUUUAAAGAAAAAAAGAAAAAGCUGUUUGUUCUUAAAAAAAAAAAAGGCAUGCUAUACAUUCAUGCUAUACUACAUCAAAAUUAAGUAGUUAAAAUAGCGGUUUCAGAUUUAGAGAAAUAAAUGACAUUUGACUUAAGAAAGUUUAAUAGAAUGUGUCCUUAGUUAGGUUGCAUUAGGUACCAUUAUGUUAGAAUCUGAGUGGGUGCCAGUAACGUCUCCUUUCGUCCCUGUUGCAUGCUAGUGUAGCCUGAUGGUGCACUGGGGGCGCUUUCAGGAUCAGAGGAAUGAGGACCAUCGUUGUUACUGUUUUUGGUAUAUCGAGUAUGCCAUGGGUAGCUUGCCAGGCUCUGCUGUGCAGGCGGGAUACUCUCUGUAGCUUGCCGGGCUCUCUGAGAGGAACGAAGGCUUUUGGGGCAGCCUCUAAUCACCUUUACAAUGUUCCCAGGCUACCGAAUGUAAGCUUUUGACUGGCAUGUUGUAACAUUACUGGCGCCCACUCGAGCAAAUCGAUGAACAACAGGAUGACAGUGAUACAGUGAUGAUAGAGUUUAACACUGGUUCCCUGUCUUGGUUCUUGCCUAACGCAUAUCGGCCUUACUCUUUAACAUGAGAAGUUUGCCAUUUUAACAGUAUGUUGUGAUAAUUUAAUAAGUUUCAAAGAUAAGAAAAUAUGUUAUUAUUUCUGUGACUGUUAUAACCUGUGUGAAUUAUAAUCCAUGUGUGAAUGACUUCCGCUAUUCUACCUAGGGGGCAGAUUGUCAUUUUUAUGUCUGUGUGCCAAGAAAAUAAAAAAUCUUUUCUGAAAAACUUUA